AUGCUGGCUACCACCUGCGCCGCGCCGCCGUGCCCGUUCGCACGGUCGCGGCGGCUCCCCGCGGCGACCUUUGGCGGAGGCUAUGGCAUUGGGCGCACUCGCCGCAGCACGAGGCCAAGGGCGCCGAGGAGAGCGGGGGUGGUGCGGUGCGGGCUGCUGCCCGUGGACCCGUGGGCGCCGACGAUGGACUCCCAGAGCGUGGCCUCGCAGCUCUUCGCCGUCUCGCUCUUCCCCUACCUGGGCUUCCUCUACUUCAUGACCAGGUCCAAGACCGCGCCCGGGCUAACGCUCUUUGGUUUCUACUUCCUCCUCGCCUUCGUCGGCGCCACCAGACCAUGGAUGACCUGUGGACGAGGGCUGCGGCAGGGUGAUGCCCUCUCGCCGUACCUGUUCCUCCUUGUCGCCGACGUCCUUGAGACGCUGAUCAAGAACAACAGGGCCAUCCGGCACCCCCUCUCCGACGACGGGCCAUGUGCUGUGCUCCAAUACGCCGAUGACACCAUUGUCGUUGUCCGAGCAGACUCUGGUUCUGCUCAACAACUGAAGAAAGAGUUAGACAGCUUCGCCGCGGCCACGGGCCUCGCCAUCAACUUCACCAAAAGCACCGUCACUCCCAUGAAUGUGGAUGAGGGCCGUGUGAAUGACCUGGUGAACAUCCUACACUGCCUGCGAGGGAGCUUUCCACAGACAUACCUGGGGCUGCCUCUGUCCAAUACCAAGCUGCAACUGUCCGCCUUCGCGCCCCUGAUCGCCAAAGUGGACAGGUACCUUGCCGGUACAUUUGCUAAAGUUCCACUUCCACAGUUAGAUCAUUGUGAAGAUGUUACAGAUAUUAGUGGUUGA